UAGCAGUCCAGUGACCGUUCUCUACUUCCAGGCUUUUGGGCAAGAGUGUUGACUUUCCUUUGCCAAAUUUCCUGGAGAGAGAGAGAGAGAUGGCUACAGAGAUUAAACCAUUCAAGAUAAUAUUGGGAUCAUCAUCUCUGUCUCGCCGGGAAAUUCUAGCUGAGAUGGGUUACAAGUUCACAGUCAUGCCUGCAGACAUAGAUGAGAAAAGUAUUCGGAAGGAAAAGCCAGAAGAAUUGGUGAUGGCACUAGCUGAGGCAAAGGUCCUGCUUAUCGCAGGGUCUUGGGAGGUUGGGUUGGGGAUGGCCCUACACUUUGGCUACCCUCAGACUAGAACUGAACUUCAUGCUGGCAGCUCAACUUCUACCUCGCACCAAGCAACUCCCUUCUUGAGCUAGGGAUAAAAUAAUCUGCCUGGAUUGAUGUUGGUGCCAGUCCAGGCUGAGCCACCUCGACACCUAGGAGGCGCCUAGGCAACAUCUUGACAACCAAAUCUUAAAUGGAGUUGAAUGCUCUAAGUCCUUUCAAGUCGGAACAUAUUAUUUAUUUACUAUUCAUCCGUGGAAAUUUCGAAAUUUCAAUGCAACUCACUUGCAUGUGUCCUGAUGGAUGCUUCAUAUCUACAGUUGGGAUCAUGGAAGAAAAGAAGUUAGAAUCUAAACCAGAAAAAAUUAACUUCAAACACAUAGUGUGGACCUCUGAAUUAUUGUGGCUGUGUGAGUUAAGUUCUUCUUUAGUAUAUGUUGAAUGGGUCUUUAGAAGAUCACAACAUUGUCAAGGACACCCAAACCCAGAGGCUUUCAGACAAUCAAACAGUGGUAGGAUAGACAUGAUUUUAGGUAGCAACAAUAACAUAAAUUAAGGGUAUUGAAAUAGGCUGCAUAUUUUGGUAUUUGUGUAUAUGUGCAUGUGUUUUCCUGCAUGUGCACCUGUCUUGCUGUGCAACAAAGAUAUUUCAUUUUUCAAAGUUUUGCAGUGUCACCAUGUGCCUGAAAUGGAAGUAUGCUGACAUUUGAUAUAGACACUGCUCUUUUAAUAAUAUAUAAGCCUAAUUAAAUGUCAUUAAUGUAGGACUAAAUUGGACACCCAACUAGUCCCAACUCUGCAGGAACUUUUAGACCAAAGAACAACCAAACUAGUCCAAAUACAUAUAACAGAAAAAUCAGACUUCAAUAACAGCCCAGCAAUAAUUGACUUCCAGAAACAGAAAUAUAGAGAAUAACCAAGGACAGCAAUGAUUCUUAAUACUAGAUCAGGGACUGAGCAAGUUAAUAUCAGAUUCAGAUGUCCAGAAUAUAAAUAAUAACCCAGAGAAAUCAGUAAUUAAACCAACAGCAGUGUCGAUUUCAGAAAUAGGAACUUCAGAUCACUAGAAGACGAAAAUCUGGAGAUUUUUAAUAUCUCAGAGAUGGAUGAUCAGAAUCAGCCAAAAGUAGGGUCGAUCCUUACUUGGACAGAGGUGAUCCUUCGACCAAAAGACUAGGCUGACCAGACCUUCAGAACUGAUCUUUCCAGCAGAGACCGAAGGCCCUGUUUUUGCAGAAAAUUCUGGGCAGAGAUAGAAGAAAUUGUACCUGGUUUUCUGCAGUCUUAGUAAGCCUUGAAGAUGUGAAAGAAAGUAAAGAAAACACACUAGAAACAGGCCUCCUGGACUUCACACCGCAAGAAGUCGUUUGGAUCAGACACCAAACCCUUCUUCCUCGAUCAAACACAAGGAACAACAAUGGAAUUCACCCAGCGGCAGCAACAUGAAGUUUUUUCUUUUUGUCAAAAUCGUGGCUCAUAAAAGAACCAUCUUCUUUAUUUAUAAUGAUGAGGAGGGUUUAUAAAUAAUAGAAACUCAG